AUGAAGUGGCUCCUUGCUAUCGUUCCCGCCGUCCUGGCUGGCACCAUCCCUAUCAACCCCGUAGAUCUUGGCGAUGCUCCCCCAGCAGGCCAGGUAAACCAUUUGACUCGUGCGCUUGUCAAGAAUGUCACUAUUCGAGGUGUUACCUAUGGAGGAACCGGAUGUCCUCAGGGCACCGUGAGCUCCCAGCUCUCUGCAGACAAGACCCUAAUCACCCUCAUAUUCGAUACUUACAUCGCCUCCAUCGGCCCCGGCGUCGCCGUCACUGAGCAACGCAAGAACUGCCAGCUCAACAUCGACAUCCAGUACCCCGGAGGCUUCCAGUACUCCGUUCUCAGCGCCGACUACCGCGGCUACGCCUCCAUCCAAAAGGGUGUCACUGGUACCCUUAAGUCGACCUACUACUUCUCCGGUCAGACUGACCAGUCUUCGACCGAGUAUACUUUCACCGGCCCGGUAACAGGUGAUUACCUAAAGCACGACCAAGCCGACUCGACCUCGACUGUCUGGUCACCAUGCGGCGCCAGCGGCAUGCUCAACAUCAACUCGCAGGUGCGCCUGACGACCGCCGACACCAAGGCGACUGGCUUGCUCACCACCGAUUCGACCGAUCUUAAGUUCACCCAGGUUGCGUACGUCCAAUGGCAGAAGUGCACACCCAAGUCAACGUAG